GACUGCAGGCAAGCAAUUAGUCACUAUGAUCGUUAGCUCUCAUCAGUAUUCAAAAUGGUAAUUAACCAUUUGUUUUCCAGUCCAAUAGUGGCCCAUUUCGUUAGACCGCACUGUAUCCAAUUUUUAGGCUUUGCUUGAUAAGAAAGAUGAAAACAAAAGAGAAUUAUAAAUUGUAAAAUAAAAAAGUAAUUAUGAAUUUUAAUUAUUAGUUUAACAAAUUUUCCAUUUGCAUUUCGUUGUAUCUUUUUUAUCAAGCUAUAACUCGUUUUGAGCCAAUCUGACACGUUAUAACAUCGUGCCAGACACCAUAACAUACCAUAACGAGUAAGAUGUAGACUGUGUUGAAGAAACAGAAAUUACUCCGGUGAGGCUUAAACUCGCGAAAUGCCUUAACGAACUGAUCCACGGGUCAUUCUCUUUUGUUUUAUAAAGGCCCAAACAGUUUAGAGAGGCCUGUCGGUCGUCCUCACUGACCACUUGACUAUCAAUCUAACGUUGAAGAAAAGCCAACUGAAAGCGAAGUAACCAAUAGUCGCAAGAUUCUUAUCCCAAAAAAACAGCGUGGUCCUUCGUUUUGUUAUUAACUACCAUGCAAAAGCCAAGUUAGAACUCAGAAAUCAGUUCACUUGAAACAAAAACAUCAAUAGCGGAGUACGUGGAUAUAAUAAGUUAAUGAAACAACAACGUCAACAACAACAACAACAACACGGGGAACCAAAAGCUUCUUCUGCAGAACCAGAGAUAUGGCGAGGAAAUCAGUCUUAUUACCAGUUCCAGAGCCUUCCUGGUUCACACCCAAAUGGUUGUUGGUUAUCUUUUGUGUUAUCAACUUGUUAACGUAUGUGGAUCGAGGAGUAAUAGCAAGCAAUGGUGUCAAUGGGAGUCUUGGAACUUACACAUUGAGUGGUACUUGCACUUCUGGUAGUGGAAUACAAGGUGAAUUUAACUUGACCAAUUUUGAAGAUGGAGUUAUGUCAUCUGCAUUUUUGGUUGGACUUCUUGUGACUUCUCCCAUAUUUGCAUCAUUAGCAAAGAGUGUUAAUCCUUUUAGACUUAUUGGAGUUGGAUCGUCAGUAUGUACUUUGGCUAUGAUUGGUUGUGGUUUUUCAUUCAAUUUCUGGUCCAUCACAAUCUGUCGCAUGCUAGUUGGUGUUGGUGAAGCUUCAUUUAUCAGUCUUGCAGCUCCUUUCAUUGAUGACAAUGCACCUGUUGGUCAGAAAGCAGCAUGGCUAGCAAUAUUUUACAUGUGUAUGCCAGUCGGAUAUGCACUUGGAUGUGUUUAUGGUGGACUGGCCGGCACCCAUUUAAAUUGGCGUUUUGCAUUCUGGGUGGAAGCCAUUGUGAUGCUUCCAUUUGCUAUUCUGGGUUUUAUUAUGAAGCCUUCGCAGUUGAAAGGUUUUGCUCCUGCUGAGUCUAAAAAAGCAUUGAUCUCCAUAGACACAGCUGUACCAGAAGUUGAAGAUACAGAGGCCUUAAAUGUUAAAGUUAGUGCAAGAUCCAUGGAGGAAGAAUCCAGCCAUGUGUUUUCCAAGCUAGUACACAUUCAGGAUCCACAGCGAGAACAGAACUUUACGCAAACUAUAAACAGCUCGAGCUUCCUUGGAAUGCAAUGUGCAUCAAUUAAUUUAAGCCAGUUUUCAAGAUUUAUUGAAGACAUAGAAGUACUUUUGGUUGAUAAGGUCUAUGUUGUCAAUCUUUUAGGUUAUUGUGCAUAUAACUUUGUUUUGGGUGCUUACUCUUAUUGGUGGCCGAAGGCUGUUUACAAUAUUUAUAAUACGAGUGAUGCAGACAUGAUAUCUGGAGGAAUGACUAUCAUCUCUGGAAUAUUGGGCACUCUAGCAGGAGGCUACGUUCUGGAUUGCAUGACUUCCACAGUCUCCAAUGCUUUCAAGCUUCUCUCAGUAACAACAUUUGUUGGGGCAAUUUUUUGUUUCACUGCCUUCUGUUUUAAGAGCAUGUAUGCUUUCCUAGCGCUUUUCUCAAUUGGUGAAUUACUGAUCUUGGCGACUCAGGGUCCUGCAAAUUACAUAUUCCUCCAUUGUGUUAAGCCAAGUUUGAGGCCAUUAUCUAUGGCUAUCUCUACUAUUUCAAUUCACAUAUUUGGUGAUGCGCCUUCUUCACCACUUGUGGGGUUCCUUCAGGACCGUAUAAAUAAUUGGAGAGAAACUGCUCUUAUUCUAACAUCAAUUCUGUUUCCAACAGCUGGGAUAUGGUUUAUAGGAAUAUUUCUGCAUAGUGUGGAUAGAUUCAAUGAAGGUAAAGAAGGAGAAGUCACUGAAGUUGACAUAUCAAAUACGACACCCUUGCUUGAACCCAAAGUUGCAGAAACAAGAAACUCUUCUCCUGAUCAACCCUGAGUCCCCACUUCUCAUUUAUAAUUCUUUACUAUAUCUUAUGUAGAUAGAGUUGAAUGGUUUGAUAUUUUUGCAGGUUAACAAAAGAGUUUAGCAUUUUAUAAAUGCUAUAAUUAUACUUUUAUUCCUUGAAAUCACAAGUUUUAAACGAUUAUAUUGUGCAUCAUUCUUCAUUGCCAGGUUGGUUUAUGGUCAAUCCUUUCUCUUUCCUUUUCUUUUUUUGGUGGCAGUUUGUAUUUGGAUCAAGGCAGGAAGCCCUUAGGUGGGCUGAACCUGAUGGCAUUGAAUGUUGCUCAUGGAGUCAUGUUAGGUUAGCCAAACCCUUUGCCCUUGGGCUUGGUUCGAACCAUUAGGUCGAAGCCCACGGUUAGAACCAAUAGAUAAACGAUAAGUUUUCUUGUUUCUACAAGUUUUUAACACCACAAAAAUUACGAUAGUGGGUCAAUAAGAUCAAUCCAAGGACAAGUCGAAUAGAGACUAAUUUGAGUGGGAUGCUGCAAUCAAAGAGUCUAGGCCUGGCCUUCCUGUUGGUGUGGGACGCUUGGAAACAGAACAAGAUUGUUGCAUUUUUUUCACAUGGUUCUUCAGCUUUGGGUCCAGUCGGUACGUAACAGAGGAAAGAGGUUAACUUAAUGUUGACUUUGGGUUUGGCAUCCCAAUAUCCAAAUUUCCCCUCGUGUCUAAAACAACAAGACAGCCCGCCAACGAUAGUACGAUGAAAGAGGUCGGAGUGACAAAUCUUUGGACUUCAGCCUGCCUAACUGCCUGCUUUCGCUUUGCCUGCCAGUGCCACCCGUGACCUAAAUUAUGGGCCACACAGUACAGAAUCACCCACUGCCCCCAAGGCUUGAAUGAGAUUUUUCUUUUUUUAUCUUCCAUUUUAAAAAAACCUACAUUUUCUACGAGUCUUAUUGAAAACACUAUAAAUAUAGCAAUGGUUGUGCACAGCAUGUAUCACCAAGCAAGAGGGUGCGAUACAGG